AUGCUGCUCAGCCUGCCCACUGCCGUCUGCCCCGCACUGACCUCUCUGGCGCACUCUCUGCUGGCCUACCACGCCGUUCAACAUCACGCAUCAUCUUCAUCGUCACCGUCGCCGCCGAUCACCUGCAUCGCAAAUCUCAACCACUCCACUCCCGCAACCUCCGUCGCCAACGGCACCGCCGUCGACCCUGUCGGCUAUUUCAACUCUUCUGCACACCCUUUCCCACAUCACGUUCCUCGCGGCCCCGACCGCGCAGCCGCCAAGAUGGUGUCCAUGGCUCGCGUCUACGCCGACGUCAACCAGAACAUGCCCCGGAGCUACUGGGACUAUGACAGCGUUAACAUCGGCUGGGGCGUGCUCGAAAACUACGAGGUCGUCCGCAAGAUCGGCCGCGGCAAGUACUCGGAAGUGUUUGAGGGCAUCAACGUGGUCAACUACCAGAAGUGCGUCAUCAAGGUGCUCAAGCCGGUCAAGAAGAAGAAGAUCAAGCGCGAGAUCAAGAUCCUUCAGAACCUGGCCGGCGGCCCCAACAUCGUCGCCCUGCUGGACGUCGUGCGCGAUGCCCAGAGUAAGACUCCGUCGCUCAUCUUCGAGUACAUCAACAACACCGACUUCCGCACGCUCUACCCCAAGUUCAACGACAUCGACGUGCGCUACUACAUCUACGAGCUGCUCAAGGCCCUCGAUUACUGCCACUCUAAGGGCAUCAUGCACCGCGACGUCAAGCCUCACAACGUUAUGAUCGACCAUGAGCAGAAGAAGGUAUCCUCUCUCGCUCUCUUGCGGCUCAUCGAUUGGGGUCUCGCCGAGUUCUACCACCCGGGCACCGAGUACAACGUGCGCGUGGCGUCACGCUACUUCAAGGGACCCGAGCUGCUGGUCGACUUCCAGGAGUAUGACUACAGUCUGGACAUGUGGAGCCUGGGCGCCAUGUUCGCGAGUAUGAUCUUCCGCAAAGAGCCCUUCUUCCACGGCAACAGCAACACAGACCAGCUGGUAAAGAUCGCCAAGGUGCUCGGCACCGACGACCUGUUCGACUACCUGGACAAGUACGACAUCGAGCUGGAUGCCCAGUACGACGAUAUCCUCGGCCGCUUCCAGAAGAAGCCCUGGCACAGCUUCGUCAACGCCGAGAACCAGCGUUUCGUCAGUAAUGAAGCGAUCGACUUUCUCGACAAGCUGCUGCGUUAUGACCAUGCUGAACGCCUGACCGCCAAGGAAGCCAUGGCCCACCCCUACUUCGCCCCGAUCCGCGACCCCGAGAUCCUGCGCGCCUAUCUCGACGGUACUCUGACACAAACACAGUUCUGA